AUGUCGGAUAUCGACGCUGAAAUUUUGGCUUUGGCGGGAGGCGACGACUCUUCGGACGAGGAAACUGCCCCGGCCCAGCCGAAGGGAGCCUCGCCGAAGAGUCACGGCUCUGGCUCCAACAGGAACAACAGCGGCAGCAGCAGCGGCAGCAGCAGCAACAACAACAACAACAGCAACAACAACAACAGCAACAACAACAACAACAGCAACAGCCACAACAACGAUGGGGGAGAGUCGGAGGAGGAAAGUGGCGAAGUUUCUAGGAAGAAGACUGGCAACAGCUCCUCCUCGCGCCGAAAGCGGUCGAGAAAUGUGGCAGAUGAUGAUGAUGCUGAGCUCUCCUCCUCUUCCUCCCGCUCCCGCACCUCUCUUCGCUCUGCCGCAAUGUCCGAAUCAUCGUCCUCCGCCUCCCCACCCCCAGACCCAGACUCCCAAGGCCCGAUCUUCCCAUACGAAAAGCUCUUCCACUCCGCCAAGGACAAGGCUGAGGUAAUGGCCCUCCCCGAAAUCCAGCGCGAGCAGCUGCUCUCCGACCGCGCGCAGCAGGUCGAUCGACACAACCAGGACCUGGCCCUGCGUCGCCUGCUAGCAUCCCGUGAGCGCGAAGAGGCCCGUGCAGCUGAGAAAAUGAUGAAGAAGCGAAAAGUUGGCGCUACGGAUUUGGAGGAGAAGGAGAGCCAGCGGAAGAGCUCGAGGCAGAAGAUGACGCUGGGCGGUAGGAAGGUUGGGGAGACCUCUGAUGCGAUCGAGGCGUAUAAGAAGAGGAGGGAGAUGAAGGAAAAGAGGGAUGAGAUGCGUCGGAGGGAGGCGGGGCAGAGGAAAAGGGGGGCCAGAGAUAGCUCCGGGUCGCCGGAGGAUGGGCUUGUUUCGGACAAUGACGAUGCUGUUGCUGCUGCUGCUGCUGCUGCUGGCGGGCACAGUGAGGUUGAGUGGGAUGAUGGUGGUGGUGGUGAGGGUGGGGCGCGGAGGAGGUCAAGUUCGUUGCCGAAAGAUGACCCCCCGGCUGAGCUGAGGGAUAUUCAGCGCGUGAAGGUUGGACGGAGCAAUUUUGCGCAGGUGUGCUUUUAUCCUGGGUUUGAUCAGGCCAUUGCGGAUUGUUUUGUUAGGGUCGUUGUUGGGGUGAAGAAGGAUGGGGAGAAUGAGUAUCGGGUUUGUUCGAUUAAGAGAUUCGUUGAGGGCAGACCAUAUGCCAUGGAGGCUGCGAAUGGGAGGAAUUUCGUCACCACGCAAUAUGCCGUUCUUGCGCACGGCAAGUCGGAGCGGGAAUUCCCAUUCAUCGCCUGUUCAGAUUCGCCAAUCACUGAGCCCGAGUUCAACCGCUACCGCCAAACCAUGAUCGUUGAAGGGUGUAAAAUGCCCACAAAAUCCCAAACCGCCGCCAAAGUCACCGCCAUAAACCGGCUAAUAAACCACCCCUUCACGCGCGAAGAACUAGAAGAAAAACUCCGCCGCCAAGGCACAAACGACAACAAAACCAAAAUCUUCCAGCGCAUCCAGCUCGAACGGCGACGCCAAGAAGCCCUCACAUCCGGCGACGAGGCGGCCAUCGCCCAAUGCGAUGCCGAACUGGCACAAUUCGUCGGCCCCAAGUUAGCGUUCGGUACGGUGCUGUGCAAGCCGCGCUCGAAGGAGAAGACGCAGCAGGAGCGCCUGCAGGAGCUGAAUUUACGGAAUCAGAAGCUUAAUGCGGAGAGUGUAAGACGGGCGGAGAUUGAGGAGAGGAGGAGGGUUAGGCUUGAGGCGGAGCGGGUGGCGAGGGGGGAGGCGAUCAAGGAUCGCUUUGCUAGGGUUAAGACGAGGGCGAGAAUUCAUUAUGAUGUGCAUGGGGAUCGGUUGGUGCCGAAGGGGGCUGGGGCUGGGGUGAGGAAUGGGAGUGGGAAUGGAAAGGGUGAAGAGGAGGGGGGGUUUGUGAGUGAGGGGAGUGGGAUCAGUGGGGCUGUUACGCCGAUUACGGGGGCGAAUACGCCUAUGGCUGCGUCUGCGGGGGUUAGUAAUGGGAAUGGCAAUGUGACUAAGGCGGGGACACUGAAUGGUAGCGGUGCCGGUGGAGCGACGCCAGGAAAUGGUGGCAGUGGGAAUAAGCAGCGCAAGGGAAUUCCGGUUAUUAGGCAUCGGCCGACGGAUGAUGAGAAUAUUGCUGCGUUGGAUUUGGGAAUUGAUAUUGAGAUUUAG